UAAUCAAGAAAGUAGAAGUAAGUAGUAAAAUUAUAAAAAAAAGACCAUUACACUAUUGAGAUUAAAUUGCAUGUUCAUUUUAUGAGUACACAUGAAUAUUUUUAAACUAGAUGAACACCUUCUUCUUAUGCGGAUACUGUGGAUUAUUGUUUGACGAUGACAACGAAGGUCAAAGACACGAGAGUGAACACGAGCUUCAUCAUGACGGUGAAAAGGGGGCAACAUUCCAUUCAAAAACAGAUCAAGAACAUCAUUGCCACCACUGUGAUAAAGUAAUGAGCAAUGAACAGGACCUGAUGUUUCACGAAUUAACUCAUGAUUUGGAUCAAAUGGAAUACAGCGGUGAAGGUCCAUGGUCCCCAUUGAUUCCCAAUUCAACAUGUGAACCUAUGGAAGAGGACCAUGUCGCAGAUCAAGAAAUGGCUCCUGAAUCCAUGGAAUCCGAUGAAGCAUCAACCUCUACUAGAACCAACUCAUCUCAAAUUGGUUUUGGCGGUGUGAAAAAAAUACCAUAUACCAUUCAAAAAGUAGGAGAACGAACUAUAAUGAAAAAUAAUGCUAUCGAUAUAAACUACAAUAUUCGAUUUAAUGCAGAAAACCCUGAACAAGGAAUGAGGCUGACUGACCUUCUUCGUGAUUUAGAAGAUAUGUUUGACAACAUUCUCAAUGAAACAGCUAGAGGACUUGACCCUUUUUUGGAUCUUGGACGAGUCAUCAUUCAUCACAUGGGAUUGUACAAUCCUGUGUAUGUACCGCUAAGGCCCUUGAAAGAUCUUACUGGAAAAAGUGUGAUGGAGAACUUACAAAAUGUCUUAAUCAGCCAUGAAAAUCUUUCUCUAGAUAAAAGUUUUUAUUUAAAUGUGGGGUUUAUUAAAGUUCCAAAGGGCGGUACAAAAGGCAAACAUAUUAACAAAGUUGGUAGCAGCAAUGAUUCUCUCAGAAUCAAAAGAUCAUGUAUCAAAAUUCAAAACACAGAUGAAUUAUGCCUUGCUCGAAGCAUUUGCAUGGGGUUUCUCAAAUUACAUCAAAUUCCAACAUCUGAUUGGCAGAAAUUAGCACACCAAGGUGACAAAGGAACAAUAGAAGAAAAAGUAAUGGAAUUGCAGAAAUGUCCUAUUUGGUUCUACAAAGAAUUAAUGAAGCACAACAAAAGAAAUAAUGAACGUCAAAAAAAAUUAGCCAUUUUGUUAUGCCAGAAAGCCAAUGUAAGCAGUGAGAGACGUCUGUCCAUUCAAGACAUUCAUGCUUUUGAGAACGUAUUGAAUGUUGAUAUUCUAGUUGUCAGUGCCACUACUGGUAACAAAUUCAUACGAACUGCUCCAAAAGAUGUCAGUGAAGAUGAGCAAGGGUCAGAAAUUCCGAAAAAAGAUCGUAUUUUUUUAUAUCAUUCUGAGCAAAAUGGAAACGCACAUUUUGAUACUAUUGUUAAUGUUUGUGGGUUCUUUUCUCAAUCCAAAUUUUGCCAUGAAUGUUUGAAACCCUAUCAAAAGCUGCAUCAGUGUCAAUCAAGUUGCAUUGUGUGUAAAAGAAAAAAAUCUUGUUUUGUAAAACACGAAUUAAGUUGUCGACAUUGUCACAUGGUUUGUAGAUCUCUGGAUUGUUUUAAUUGUCACAAGAUAAAAAGUGGGAGGUCAAAAUCAUCUCAGUGUGAUCGAUGGUGGAAAUGUGUGGUUUGUAAAAAAACUUUAGAUAGAUGCAAAAGAAAACCAGAGGAUCAUAUUUGCGGAGAAUGGCAGUGUGAAGCAUGUAAACGAUUUGUAACAGGAUCUCAUUUGUGCUACAUGAGGUCAAGAGAAUGUAAAGAGAAAAAACCCAGAUAUAUUUUUUUUGACUUUGAAUGUAUACAAGAAGAUCUUUUGCAUUGUAAAGAUGGAUACUCAAUGGAAAGAAAUGAUGAAUGUGUUCAAUGCAGUAACAGCCCCGAACCCUGCAUGGAAUGCUGUAAAUGUGUAAACUGUCAUCAGUCUUGGUGUGGUAAAUCUCAGCACAAACCCAACUUGGUAGUGGCUCAAACAGUGUGUGAGGAAUGCUGCAAUCAAGAACUCACACCAAAUUCUAAAUGCGAUAACUGUGGAACUAGAUGCAAAAAAUGUAAUAAAAAAAAUGAACAGACUUUUAUUAACCCACCAUGUAAAAAUACAUGCGGAUUUCGAGAAAUAGUAUUUCGAGGAGAUCAAACUGCUAAUGCCUUUGGUUUGUGGUUGUUCACUGAAACUCACAAAGACUUUACAGCUAUUGCUCACAACAUGAAGGGCUAUGAUGGAUAUUUUUUACUAGAGUACCUAUUAGCCAAUUCCAUCAUUCCAAAAAUUAUCUAUGCUGGAUCAAAAAUCAUGUACUUACAUGUUCAAAGAGGACUUAAUAUAAAAAUAUUAGAUUCCCUCAAUUUUCUUCCCAUGAGAUUAGCUGAACUACCCAAGGCAUUCGGUUUACGAGAGCUAAAGAAAGGGUACUUCCCUCAUUUCUUUAACACUAAAGGUAAUGCCUACUAUGUUGGAUCCUACCCUGCAGCUCAUUUUUACGGAAGUGACAUGAUGAAUGCUAAAGAACGCAAAGACUUUCUAAUCUGGCAUCAGGAUAAAUUGGAGAAAAACAUGAUCUUUGACUUUGAUCGAGAAAUUUUAGAUUACUGCCGUAGUGAUGUGGACAUACUCAGACAAGCUUGUUUGAAAUUCAGAGAAAUUCUUAUGAAAAUCACAGGAAAAGAAGAAGUGGUAUUUGAGGAUGAAAUGCCAGAGAAAAAAUUAAUGGGAGGCGUGGAUCCUUUUCAAUGCACGACCAUUGCUGGGGUUUGCAUGGAAGUGUUUAAAAGCAAAUUUCUUCAAGAAGAAUGGCGUGUCAAAGUUAGAGGCAAUGAUGGAAUAAGUGAUUGGCUACAGGCCCGCCGACUGCAAGGGGACUUUUCCAUUUUAUUCAAGGAACAUUGGGUUACGGGUGAAGAGUUACAGAAUCAAGAAUACGUAAUAGAAGAAUCUGAAUUUGUUAGUUCACCUAUUUCACAAAUCCCUUCCACGGGUUAUGCCCCUUUUCUCGGACAAUAUAGUUGCGUAUCGAUACAGUGGCUCUCAUGGAUACAAGAAGAUCAUUUCAAAAAGACAGGGCACCGUCUCUACAUACAGCAUGCCUUAAAUGAGGGUGAAUUUCGACUGCCGGGUACCAAAUACUUAUUAGAUGGAUACUGCCCCGAAACCAACACUGCAUACGAAUUUCAUGGGUGUUACUGGCACGGAUGUCCCACAUGUUUUCCUACUCAGCGUCAGCAACUUAAACAUAUAAGAACCAAACACUCCAUGAACGAGUUACUGACCAUGACUUUAAAAAAGAGAGAAUACAUUCAAUCGCUGGGCAUGAAAUAUGUCUACAUUUGGGAGCAUGAUUUUGAAAACUUCCUGAACCAGAACCAAGACGCAUCUGAUUAUGUUCAUUCCCUAAACCUGCAAGAAAGGUUAGACCCUCGAAAAUCUUUCUUUGGAGGAAGAACAAAUGCUGUUAAAAUGUACUACCAGGUCAAGGAAGGUGAAAAAAUCCACUAUCUUGAUUUUUGCUCUCUUUACCCCUCGGUCAACAAGUAUGGUAGAUAUCCCGUAAAAGAACCAAAAAUCAUUACAAGCAAUUUUACGGAAAUUACAGACUAUUUUGGGUUGGUCAAAGUCAAAAUUUUACCUCCUAGACAAUUGUAUCACCCCGUGUUGCCUCAAAAAAUUAACGGAAAAUUAACUUUUGCUCUGUGUCGUACCUGCUGCGAGCAACAACAACAAAAUCCAUGUCAGUGCGGAGACGAAGACCGAGCAAUUACAGGAGUAUUUUGUACACCAGAAAUUGAAAAAGCCAUAGAAUGCGGUUACCAAAUUCUACAGAUAUACGAGGUCUAUCAUUGGGAUGAAACUUCACAGUACAAUGCAGAGACUAAAAGCAAUGGUCUGUUUGGCGAAUAUAUCAACCUAUUUUUAAAGAUCAAACAAGAAGCCAGUGGCUGGCCUGAGCGGGUGCAUACCGAAGAAGACGCAGUGAAGUACAUGGAAGAAUACGCUCUUCGAGAAGGUAUUCAACUCGAACGAGAGAACAUUACCAAAAACCCUGCUCUGAGAUCGAUUGCUAAACUACUGCUGAAUUCGUUUUGGGGAAAGUUUGGCCAACGACUCAACAUGCAGCAGACGACAUUUUUUCACGAAAGAGAGGCUGACAAAUUUUUUCAGCUAUUAUCGGAUCCUUCCAAAGAAGUCUCGAAUUUUCACAUUGUCAGUAAAGAAAUUAUUCAAGUUUCGUGGCAGCAAAAAGAAAAUUUUACUAAAGAAGAUUACCAAACAAACGUAUUUAUUGCUACUUUUACAACUUGCUGGGCCCGCCUUAAACUGUAUGAAGUGUUACAGAUGCUGGAUAGAAGAGUCUUAUAUUUCGAUACGGAUUCAGUCAUUUUCGUCAGCAGACCUGGAGAUCAGGAACCAAAAGUCGGGUCAUUUCUUGGUCAACUUACCAGUGAGUUACAACCCAAAGAAUACAUUACAGAAUUUGUUUCGGGAGGACCUAAAAAUUACGCCUACAGGACUUCAGAAGGAAAAGAAGUAUGCAAAAUCAAAGGAUUUACCCUAAACUAUGUUAACAGUUUAAAACUUAAUUUUGCUUCCAUGCUGGAUUUGGUACUCAGGCCGGAUCAGGGUCAACAUUCCGAUUCAACAGGUUCAUGUACAACGAUUGUUAACCCACACAGAAUUAUGCGACAUAAGCAACAGCAAAUUAUUUACAAUCGAAAUGAAGAAAAAAAAUACAAAAUUGUGUAUGAUAAAAGAGUGAUUCAACGUAACACUUGGGACACCUUACCCUACGGAUAUUGAUUGUUAUUGUAGUAGUGAACAAAAUCAUGUGAACA